CAAUUUUCCUCUCAGUAUAUAUUAGUGUGUGCACGAUGAAGAUACUGUUUAAUGUGUUGCUCCUUGUGGUCACAUCUUAUUGUCACCACAAUCACAAUCGAGACCACAGACAUGACCACGACAAUGAUGGUCCAGAAACACCAAAACAACCCAUCGCUAUAUCUCCGUAUGGCGAGUUCCAUGGCGGCUACAAUUUCACACGGCGCGGGCGCAAGUUUGAAACCUAUCGUGGCAUACGUUAUGCACAGCCACCCAUUUCAAACUUAAGAUUUCAGCCACCAGUACCGAUCCUAGAAUAUAAGAGUCCAGUAGACGCAAGUGAAGAUGGGCCCGCAUGUCCAUUCCGAGCUUUGGCUAUCAAAAACAUUGAUGAGGAUUGUCUCACUAUCAACGUUUACACUCCGCUUAAGAUAGACAGAACGGAACCUCUACCAGUGAUAUUCUUUAUACACGCCGGCGGAUUCUACUCAAUGACUGGACGCAGUGAUCUGGCUGGACCACACUACCUUCUUGACCGGGAUAUUGUACUUGUCACUAUCAACUAUAGAAUCGGCAGCCUUGGUUUCCUGAGUACUGGUGAUGAAUUGGCACCAGGUAAUAAUGGAUUUAAGGAUCAGGUGGUAGCACUACAGUGGGUGCAGCGCAAUAUCGCUGCAUUUGGUGGAAACCCCAACAAAGUUACUAUAGCUGGCUGUAGCGCUGGUUCUAUCAGCGUCAUGCUGCAUAUGGUGUCACCGAUGUCCAAAGAUUUAUUCCACAGGGCAAUUUCAAUGAGUGGUUCACCCCUAAAAGUGAGACCUUUUCCAAACAAUUUAUAUAAGUUAGCAGUAAGGCAAGCGGAGAUUGUUGACUGUCCCACAUCCAACUCAAAAGCCAUCGUCGACUGCUUGAAGAAUAAACCUUGGAAAGAUAUAGGAAACUCCGUUUCGGGUUUUUAUGAAUUUGGAUACGACCCUUUAAGCAUUUGGUUUCCGGUGGUGGAGGAAGACUUUGGUCAAGAGAGGUUUUUGCCCAUUGAUCCCGUGACCGCGAUUAAAGAAGGCAAAAUGAACGCCGUACCGUACAUAAUUAGUCAGACUCAGGAUGAAUUCUUCUGGAAAGCUUUUACAAUAGUGAGGAAUGAAACAUUAUUGAACAAAAUGAACUCUGAAUGGGAAUCAAUAGCGCCUAUAUCAUUCUUGUUACCACAAACCAAUGCAACCUAUACUACGAACAGACUGCGCACGGAAUAUCUUCAUGACAAGCCAUUGAAAAAUGACAAGGAAAGUGCAAAAAACCUUGGCUUAUUAUACCAGGACUCCAUUGUGAGCUAUCCUGUUCACAAGUUGGUUAACUUGAUGAGUCGCCACUCUCCGCAGCCUGUGUGGUACUAUGAGUUUGCCUAUAUUGGCACUAACAGCUAUUAUCAGGAUCUUACGACUGAGAAACCAUUGGGUGCUGCUCACCACGAUGAUCUGAUUUAUCUGUUCCCCCUGAGCCUCCGUUUCCCUGCCAUCGGUACAAAUGGCUCGGACUCUACUAUCGUCGACAGGAUGACCGGCAUUUGGUACAAUUUCGCUAGACACGGUGAUCCGAAUUAUGGAGAUCUUCCUGAACUGGACAAUUUUAAAUGGCCCCGCUUUCUGCCUAACAAUCGCCAGUACUUGCGUAUUGACACUGAACUAAAUGUACAGAAGAAUUUGAAAGAGGAGAGGAUGAAGAUCUGGGAGGAACUGUUUCCAGUGCCUUAUUAAUUUAUAUAAUGUCUUAUUUAUAUACAAAAUAUUAUAUAUUCAAUACAACGGACGCCGUUUUUAAGUAGUGUGUAAUGUAAAUAUGCUUAUCAUAUGUAUAUUAAAGUGAUCUUUUCCAGGACUUUUUUAA